UUGUAGUCGUGCGGUACGAUCGUUAAUUUUUCCCACGAGCCGUCGACUUUUUUCGUACCUACAUUUUUCCCGUCGGUAGGUACUCAAUUGUAGAUCCUGUUUGGUCGUACUUUGAAAAUGUGAUGAAGAACUCGUGACGUGCGCAGCAUACAAAGUACUACCUCGGUAAAACCAUUCGGUUCGCGAGAAAAAAAUAAUUUUAGUGUUUGGCAGGGAUGAAAAUAGUGUUUGAGACCGAUUGUGGUGUUUAGUUAGUGCUGAAAACACUACCGAUGAUGGCUUCGGACGAAGAUUGUAACAAUUACGCAUCGUACAGCUUAAUGGAAGAUCACCCAUGUACCCCAUCGCCUUCAGGCCAGUCCAAUCCUUACAGCAGUUGUCUUUCACCUUCAAAUUCUCCUUCACCUCUUCUAACUUCCCAGUACCAACUAGGGAGGUACUCCCAAGACUAUACCAGCGGAGAUCCUCAAGAUAUGAUCCCCACCACUCAGGUAUUACCACAAGUCCUCCCUAAAACUGACAUGUGGGCGAGUUCCAUGGAAGCCUAUAACGACUACAGGGGGUACGACAAUCGGUUUGACUAUGCCAGACAGCCGAACUACGCGGACGCCAUGCCAGUGUACGCUGCCAGGGCCGGAUUCGGGCAGAAAUUAGGGGGCCCUAAUCAGAGCCAGAAAGCCACGAAGGAGGCCCGCAUCAGGAGGCCCAUGAACGCCUUCAUGGUGUGGGCCAAAGUGGAAAGGAAAAAGUUGGCGGAUGAAAAUCCGGACCUGCACAAUGCCGAUCUCAGUAAAAUGUUAGGUAAAAAAUGGAGAUCUCUGACUCCUCAAGACAGGAGACCUUUUGUUGAAGAAGCAGAGAGAUUAAGGGUAAUUCACAUGACAGAACACCCUAACUAUAAGUAUAGACCUAGAAAAUCACAGAAGUCAUAUCAAGGUUAUGUUCCUAACGCCGGACUGUCCCCUACUGUAACAAGCUAUAGUACUCCACUGGAAUUUUCUAGCCCUAGUGGUAGCGCCACUGGCGAUUAUAGUCAAGACAAAAGGUAUAGUCCAGACACUUUCAACAAAUUCAACUACAGCUACGCAGUCUAUCAAAACUACUCACAAAAGUCACCUUAUACAACUCAAACGCCUGAUACAUCACCUACCCAAAGCCCCGAACCAAAAAGAGGCACCAACAGUCCACAGGAUAGGGGUUUGUCUAAGGAAGAUUCAGAAAAAAAUUCUACUUUACCAACUCCAGAACUCAGUCCUUUAGAUCAACAGCAACAAGUUCAGCAGCAAGAAGACAAUAGGGUGAACAAUUUACAACAUAUGGGAUCACCUGCCGGGUAUACAACACCCAAAAUACAAAGUUAUAGACCUUUGAAUUAUACAAAUACUCAACCUAUUACUUCUGUGCCGAUGGCUAACGGCAUGUAUGUGAUGUGCUCAAGUAAAAGCAGCGUGGAACAAGGUCACGUGGUUACAGGAACGUUUUAUCCACCUGUAGCAACAAGUCAAGAUCAACAAUUGCUUGGAGUCGGGCAACAAGGGGCUAUGAAUGCCAUAGUAACAAAUUCUGUAGGCCCUGGAGGCAGUGGACUUCAUUACUAUCCCUCCUCGAAUGUAGGGUACUACAGUCCCCAUGCUCACAAAGAUUAUCAAGGUUAUGAGCAAGACCAACAGUGUAAAGAUGGAUUUAUAGCCUACCAACACAUGAAAAAUUUGAAUAAUGUUGAAAAUAAGACCUCUGAGGAGUAUUAUCAGGAGUAUUCACAUCCUGAUCAGAAUUUAGUGCAGAACUACAUGCCUAGCGGCGAAAGAAGUGAUGCAGAUAGCGAAGUUGAUAGUCAGGAGUUUGAGAAAUACCUCAAAUAUGAAGCUGCGGAGAAAUAUAUGACUGGAAGUAGUGGAGUUGACUCAAACCACAACUACCAUCGGACAGAACAGACUUCAGCAAGUUUGGGAACUUCUGGCUUGGUAAAUUAUGCUUACCAAGCACAACAUACUAGUGUAAUACUACCAACAGCUCCUGCAGUUGAAGCCUUACGUCCUGAAGCUUAUGAUUUACCUCCCGCAGGUGUUGUAGGACCAAGAACAGAAGAUGAUUUUAGUGAAAUUCUAGCGGGUGUACGAAAAACAUGUUUUAGUACGUGAGUUUUGUAAAGUGACGUGAAGAAAAAGACGAAAUGGGACUUAGUGUCAGUGUAAUAAACACUCAAACAGAAAGUGUUUAAAUGGACUUGGUGCUGAGUGGUUAGGUGCAA